GACAUUAAUGACUUCGGGGAUGAUGGCUCGCUGUACAUCACCAAGGUGACAACCAUCCACAUGGGGAACUACAGUUGCCAUGCCUACGGCUACGAGGACCUCCGCCAGACGCACGUGCUGCAGGUCAACGUCCCUCCGGUGAUCCUGGUCUACCCGGAGACGCAGGCCCAGGAGCCCGGCGUGUCUGCCAGCCUGCACUGCCACGCCGACGGCAUCCCGGACCCCAAACUGCAGUGGCUGAAGAACGGCGCCGACCUGCAGCCUCGCUCCUCCAAGCAGCUUUCUCUCCUGGCAAACGGCAGCGAGCUGUUCAUCGGCAGCGUGCGCUACGAGGACACGGGCGCCUACACCUGCAUGGCCAAGAACGAGGUGGGCGUGGACGAGGACAUCUCCUCCUUGUUUGUGGAGGACUCGGCCAAGAAGACGCUUGCCAACAUUCUGUGGAGGGAAGAAGGUUUGAGCGUGGGAAACAUGUUCUACGUGUUUUCCGACGAGGGCGUGACCAUCCUGCAGCCCGGCCAGUGUGAGAUCCACAGACAAAUGAAAAGGACAGAGAGGAUCGUGGCGACAUACGAGGAAAUGUGCCCUAGCGGCGAGGGUGCGGCCCCACCGCACUGCGUGUGGUCGUCGGCGGUCAACGUGCGGGAGAAGUACAUCUACGUGACCCAACCGCUCCACAGCCGCCUCCUGGUGCUGGACAUUCAGGCGCAGCGGGUGGUGCAGGUGAGUGCGUGUAAGACCCCGCCUCCAGGAAGGCAGCGCUGCUGGGAGGGUCAAAGGUCAACAGCAUGUCCAGUGAGGCUGAUAAACAACAACUAG